GUUGCAUGGGGAGAUGAUGAGCACCACCAGGAGACAUCUGAGUAUAUUAUGAAUGUAUACAGAUUUCUGGAUUGUGUUGGGAUAUUAGAUGGGACACUCAUUUGGCUAAUACAGAUGCCUGAUGAGAAUGGCUUCAGUUUCAUAUGUCACCAAAAUUUUUCUGCAGUA